UGACCUCUCGCUCAGGUUGCUCUGUAUUAUUCCUCCUGCCAACAGUAUCCCGACCAACUGCGGACAUGUCAACAUCCAGUGAAUGCAGCUACAGCUAUGAGGACUACAAAGACACCGCGGACUGGCUGCUUGCUAAGACAGAUAUCAGGCCCAAAGUGGCAAUUAUCUGUGGUUCAGGACUCGGUGGAUUGGCUGACCUGCUGGACAACAAGAAAGUGUUUCCUUACAACAAAAUCCCCCGCUUUCCCCAUAGCACAGUGCAAGGACAUAAAGGUCAGCUGGUGUUCGGAGAGCUGAAUGGAAAGCAGUGUGUUUGCAUGCAAGGCCGCUUCCACUUCUAUGAGGGCUAUAACAUUGCCACAGUCACAUAUCCAGUAAGAGUGUUCUUCCUACUCGGGAUUGAGACUCUGAUUGUGACCAAUGCUGCUGGAGGACUCAGUUCUAAAUUUAAAGUGGGAGACAUCAUGUUGAUCAAAGACCAUAUCAAUAUUCCUGGCUUUGCAGGCCAAAAUCCCCUGUGUGGACGCAAUGAGGAAAGAUUUGGAGUGCGCUUUCCCUGCAUGUCUGAUGCUUAUGAUAGAGACUUUGUACGGAUGGCCAGGGAGACGGCCCAAGAACUAGGCUGUGACUCUUUCCUCCAGGAGGGUGUUUACUGCAUGUUGGCAGGACCGUCCUAUGAGACGAUUGCAGAAUGCAGGGUUCUACAGAAGCUUAGGGCGGAUGCUGUGGGUAUGAGUACCGUUCCAGAGGUGGUGGUCGCUCGUCACUGUGGGAUGCGUGUGUUUGGACUCUCCCUUAUUACCAACAAAGUAGUGAGUGACUACAACAGCACAGAAAGGGUUAAUCAUGAAGAGGUCCUGGAAACCACCCGUAUGCGAACCAAAGACCUGCAGAACAUAGUCAGCAAUUUAGUGACAAAAAUGUAGUGUACCACAUUUACCAAAAAUCUUGAUAUACUUGAUUUGCACGUAGACAGCUAACAAUGUAGAAUGACAUACAGUGAAUGCUCCUUAAUGCUUUCUCAUGUAUCUUAUUCAGGUUUAAAGUAACUUUAUGAACUUUCCAGUGCCUCAAGGCUCUCCGAGUCCAAAUUUAGGCUAGGUUCAUUUUGUUUACAGUUGAUAUUAUCCAUACUGCAGUGUAUACUGUGGUACUAAAACAUCACUGUGAGACUAGGUAAUAAUAUGACAAAUAUAUUGCAUAAUGCAUUCACAUCCUUCCUGAAAUGCAUGUUAAGAACAACUGAAAAUAGAAGCAUUACAGAAGUAUCAGUAUUCUUGUCAUUAUCUCUUGAAAGAAGAGUUAAAGAACAAACAUGCAUGAAAAGGGAUAAACUUACACUGCAAUACAAUGAUGUAAUUUUCUCAACUGUAUGAAAGGGAAUUCAGUUGCAAAUACCAAAUGAGGAGUUACAGUGCUAAAUA